UGUCAUCAGCCAGGCACCGGUGGCGUGGGUUUCUCUUGUCAAACUAGACACUAUUUCUUCUUUUUGAACAGUAUAACUAAUUACUUGCAGUUUUAGACAAAAUGACGGAGCGGAAAGGAACAGCAAAGCUGGACUUUCUGAGAAAGAUUGAAUUGGAAAUCCAGGAGAAAUGGGAGAGGGAGAGAACAUUUGAGCAAGAUGCACCGACAACAGUCGGGGAAAGUACAAAUAAAAACAAGUACCUGGUCACCUUUCCCUAUCCUUACAUGAAUGGCCGUUUGCACCUUGGCCAUACAUUCAGUUUGUCAAAAUGUGAGUUUGCUGUUGGUUACCAGUCUCUUAAGGGAAAGAAAUGCCUCUUUCCAUUCGGGUUGCACUGUACAGGAAUGCCGAUCAAAGCCUGUGCAGACAAGCUGAAGAGAGAGAUGGAGUUGUAUGGAAACCCUCCACAGUUUCCAGAGGAGGAGGAAGAAGAGAAACAACAGCAAACAACAUCUGAUGAAAUCAUUAUCAAGGACAAAGCAAAAGGCAAAAAGAGUAAAGCAGUGGCCAAAUCUGGAUCCUCCGCUUUGCAGUGGGACAUCAUGAGGUCUCUGGGCUUAACUGACCAGGAGAUUGUCAAGUUUGCUGAUGCUGAACACUGGCUGGAUUACUUCCCUCCUUUGGCUGUCAAAGAUCUCAAAGGGUUGGGAGUCAAGGUGGACUGGAGGCGUUCAUUCAUCACCACAGACGUGAACCCCUUCUACGACUCAUUUGUCAGGUGGCAGUUUGUUACUCUAAAAGAGAGGAAAAAGAUCAAAUUUGGUAAAAGGUAUACCAUCUACUGUCCCAAGGAUGGACAACCAUGCAUGGACCAUGACAGACAGACAGGAGAGGGAGUUGGACCUCAGGAAUACACCCUGAUCAAGAUGAAGGUCGUUGAACCCUACACAGCAAAAUUCAAAUCCAAGGUUUUUUAUAGCAGCGGUAUGAAAGGCAAAAACAUCUUCCUGGUGGCUGCUACACUUAGACCAGAGACCAUGUUUGGUCAGACCAACUGCUGGGUGAGACCUGACAUGAAGUAUGUUGCUUUUGAGACAACCAAUGGGGACGUCUUCAUCUCCACCAGAAGGGCUGCCAGGAAUAUGUCUUUCCAGGGCUUCACCAAGGAAAAUGGAGUGGUGCCAGUAAUAAUGGAAGUACUGGGACAGGAUAUCCUCGGCUGUGCCCUAAGUGCUCCUCUGACCUCCUAUAACAUCAUCUAUGCUCUCCCUAUGCUCACCAUCAAGGAGGAUAAAGGUACUGGGGUAGUUACCAGUGUACCAUCUGAUGCUCCUGAUGACAUUGCUGCUCUCAGGGACAUCAAGAAAAAACAGGCGCUGCGGGAGAAGUAUGGAAUUGAGGACAAGAUGGUUCUGCCUUUUGAGCCGAUCCCUAUCAUUGAGAUUCCAGGAUAUGGCAACCUGUCUGCUCCUCUGGUGUGUGAUGAGCUGAAGAUCCAGAGCCAGAAUGACAAGGAGAAACUGGCUGAAGCCAAGGAGAAGGUUUAUCUGAAGGGAUUUUAUGAAGGGAUCAUGCUUGUGGAAGGCUACAAGGGCCAGAAGGUCCAGGAUGUCAAGAAGCCCAUCCAGAAGAUGAUGGUUGAAAGGGGAGAGGCCAUGAUCUAUAUGGAGCCAGAAAAGCGGGUCAUGUCACGUUCAGCUGACGAGUGUGUGGUGGCUCUUUGUGACCAGUGGUAUUUGGAUUAUGGGGAUGCUGAGUGGAAGCAGCAGACCAAUGAAGCCCUGAAGUCUUUGGAAACAUUUUGUGAGGAGACCAGAAGAAACUUUGAGGCAACUUUGGACUGGCUGCAGGAGCAUGCCUGCUCACGUACCUAUGGUCUUGGAACGCGGCUGCCUUGGGACGAGCAGUGGCUGAUUGAGUCCCUAUCAGACUCCACCAUCUACAUGGCUUACUACACCGUAGCCCACCUUCUGCAGGGAGGUGUGCUUAACGGCCAAGGAGAGUCACCACUGGGCAUCAAGCCAGAGCAGAUGACUAGAGAGGUGUGGGACUUCAUCUUCUUUAAGACUUCUCCUUUCCCUAAGACCAACAUCCCUAAAGAGCAUCUGCAGAGGCUUAGGAGGGAGUUUGAGUACUGGUACCCUGUGGAUGUCCGUGUAUCUGGCAAAGACCUGGUGCCCAACCAUUUGUCAUACUACCUGUACAACCAUGUGGCCAUGUGGCCCAAAGACAACGGGAAGUGGCCACAAGCAGUGCGAGCUAAUGGACAUCUGCUCCUCAACUCUGAAAAGAUGUCCAAAUCAACUGGAAAUUUCCUCACUCUCAGCCAAGCCAUUGACAAGUUUUCAGCAGACGGUAUGCGUCUGGCUCUAGCGGAUGCUGGGGACACAGUGGAGGAUGCUAACUUUGUAGAGACCAUGGCUGAUGCUGGCAUCCUGCGCCUCUACACCUGGGUGGAAUGGGUGAAGGAGAUGAUCGCCAACCAGAACAACCUGAGGACGGGACCUGCAGACACCUUUAAUGAUCGAGUUUUUGCCAGUGAGAUGAAUGCAGGCAUCCUGAAGACAGAGCAGUACUAUGAGAGAAUGAUGUACAAGGAGGCUUUGAAAAGUGGCUUUUUCGAAUUUCAGGCAGCCAAAGAUAAGUAUCGGGAGCUGGCCAUCGAAGGCAUGCACAGAGACCUUGUCUUCCAGUUCAUAGAAAGGCAAACUCUGCUGCUGGCCCCCAUCUGCCCGCAUCUUUGUGAAUACACUUGGGGUCUGCUUGGCAAGACUGGUUCUCUGAUGAAGGCAUCAUGGCCUGUGGCCGGGCCCGUGGACGAGGUUCUGAUUCGUUCCUCUCAAUAUUUGAUGGAAACUGCUCACGACCUUCGUCUUCGCCUCAAAGCCUACAUGCUUCCGCCUAAAAGCAAGAAAGGUGACUCCAAGCCUCCAGCCAAGCCCUCCCACUGCACCAUCUAUGUGGCCAAGAGCUACCCUCCAUGGCAGCACAGUGCCUUAUCCCUGCUCGGCAAGCACUACAAGAACAACAAUGGGGCCCUUCCGGACAACAAAGUGAUAGCGAGUGAACUAGGCGCUCUGCCGGAACUGAAGAAAUACAUGAAGAGAGUCAUGCCUUUUGUAGCCAUGAUCAAGGAGAACCUGGAAAAGAAUGGACCCAGAGUUUUGGAUUUGGAGCUGGAAUUUGAUGAGCGAGCAGUUCUCAUGGAGAACCUGGUCUACUUGACUAAUUCUUUGGAGUUGGAGCAGAUUGACAUCUUGUUUGCUUCUGAGGCUGAUGACAAAGUGAAGGAGGACUGUUGCCCAGGGAAACCGUUCAGUGUUUUCAGAUCAGAGCCUGGAGUUUCUGUGUCCUUGGUCAACCCUCAGCCGUGCAAUGGCAUGUUUUCUACAAAGGUUGACGUCCGACAGGGGGACACCAGAGACAGCAUCGUCCGCAGGCUAGCCAAGGUCAACAGACUCAUUAAAGAUCUGUCCAGAGUCAAGUUGAUGAGGUAUGAGGACCCUUUGCUCGGCCCUCGCCGGCUGCCUGUCCUGGGACAGGAGGAACAAGGCAAACUGCUCAUCUCCAACAAAUCUGUGUUCAACAUCAAUCUGGAGGAAAAGAAGGUCACUCUGGCUGACAACGGCCUCACUGUAGACAUUGGCGACACUCUGGUUUAUCUGGUUCAUUAGAAUAACAUUGAUCACACACACACACAGAGGUGAGGGGGCAUGUUCAGUAGUUGUUGAGCUUUGUUGAAGAUUCAAACGCAUCAAGAAAUGUUGCGGCAAAACAACUCAUUUUGAUUUAAAGCAUCAGGACAGCAAUUCAAAGCUGUAUCUGUUUUAUAAUUGAUAUUUCUGUUUGUAAACUGAUGAGUGUAACAUCAAGAAAUACCGAAACUAGCUGGACCUAAAAUGAUGGCUUGUGUCUUCUUUUCUUUAAAACAAAUUCUAUAUUUGUAGUACAUCCACAUCUGCCUCUGGGCUAUCCCUCUGGUACAGUUUUCUCCUUAAGAAGUUAGUAUUGCAAAACCGUUAUCACAAAAUACUGCAAACCUAUCCUAAAAGUUUUGACCUUUUUUUUUUUUGUCAUGGUUGCAAUCAAGAACAGCACUAGAAUUUGUCAUCUGUUUUGCAGGACUCAGGAACUCAGUCAGCGGUGUCCAUAUUUAAAUCGUCUGUACAGUUUAUUCUUGUCACAGAAAACCACUGAUUUGAUGUAUGUUUAUGUUGUGAGACUGCUCCUGCAUCCUCCAGAAUGCCUGAUGGUUUCAUACAGAGGGUAACGUGCCUUGUGUUGUUUUAUACAUCCAAGGUGAGGCGUAUCGUUCCCUUAUGUUUGUCAGCCUGUCAGACAGCUUUCCUGUUUUCUAGCUGUGGAUGGUGCUUGUCUGGCUUUUCCAGAUGAAUAAUAAAACCUAUGAAACAUUAAA